CGCAGUCGCUUCGAUCGCUCCGGAAAUCGCAGCAGUUAACGCGUUAUACGUUGAUCUACAUUACCACUCAGUAUAAUACCACAAUGGAUAUCGGCACCAAAGCCAGUAAAGCGGCCUUCUCCAUUGAGAACAUCCUGGAGCAAAAGACGAGAACUUCACAGAGUCCCGCAAUCGAAACCACCCAACGAUCUCAAUCGCGUCGGGGAUCCUCGCAAAGUCCUGUGACUGGAGCGAUACCAUCUUCUCCUGCUCUGGUCGUGCCCAAGGCGGCACUGGCCACCACCAGCCCAUCUGCUCCCUCGUCCACCUCCCACAUCUACGAUCUGUCCCGCGAGGCAGUCGCCGCCCAGUAUGCCCACACCCUCAAGAAUCUGGACUCCAGCCAAGUGCUGGCGCCCACCUCGCUGCGCUUCAACCCCAUAUAUCCGGAUCCCGCCUCGCUGUUCUACCAGCAGGUGCUCAACCUGCAGAAGAACCCCUCGCUCUUCAUGCCCCACUUUCAGGCAGCCGCAGUGGCAGCCGCCGCCGCCGUCCAGCCCACAGGAUAUUGCGAGCAGUACAGUCCUUUCGCCAUGGACUGCGAAGGCUUUACAAACCCGGCAAGUGCAGCUGCUGCCUUGUACUGCAAUGCCUAUCCGGCGGCCAGCUUCUACAUGUCCAACUUCGGAGUGAAGCGAAAGGGCGGCCAGAUCCGCUUCACCUCCCAGCAGACAAAAAAUCUCGAAGGACGCUUCGCCAGCUCCAAGUACCUUUCACCAGAGGAGCGACGCCACUUGGCACUCCAACUAAAGCUGACUGAUCGCCAGGUGAAGACCUGGUUCCAGAACCGGCGGGCCAAGUGGCGACGUGCCAAUCUCAGCAAGCGCAGUACAUCCGCCCAAGGAUCUGUAGCUCCGUCGGCAGAGCCUUCGUCUCCCACUUCGAAUGGCACCGUUCCCAUCAUGAAUCUUGGGAGUAGCGGGAGUAGGAGUGGCCAGCAGAGCGACGAGGAGGAUCGCAUGUACCUCUCCGAGGACGAUGAGGACGACGACGAGGAGGAGGAGGCGGAGGGAACCCCCAAGUGAAGCUCGAAGAUUGCCCACUUACUCAUAAGAUAGUUCAGCUUGUAGUUAG